ACGUGACCUCUCUCUCCUUACCUACCCCGUCCUGGACCACCGACAGCGACACUCGAAUGCGCAUCGGAAUAGUUCAAAUGGUUUUGGGACGGUCUACAAUGCAUUAGUCGAGCGAUUGAGCGUCAUUAUAUGUACCACUAGACGAUUGUAAUAUAGCUAAGGCAUACCCAUAAUGGAGGAGGAGGAGGAGAACUAUCCAAACUUUGGCAGCGCAUAUCCUACUACCGCCACCGAUGCGCCAUCGCAGUCAGCAUCCUGGAACCCUGCGCUCAGAUCUGAUAACGUAGAUCGCGUGCACACAGCAGACGGUCCACCAGAAAGCGACGACGAGUUCUACCAACGGUAUCCCGACGCGACUCCCAAGAAGCAGCAACAACGGCGCAGUGUCAUCCCUUCACUGGCACUCGAGUCGGCGCAUGACGAGUACAACGCGGCAAGACGACAGAGCAUUAGCGUCCAGCAUGUACUGGACAUCACGCACGAUGAACCAUCAGCCGAGGAUCUCAGCAAAGGGCCGCGAACAUUCACGGAGGCUGAAGGCCCGAUCACGCAUCAUGAGCAUGACGAGGAAGAGGGUGUUGUUCUUGCGAAUGGAGCCGAAGAAUAUGAUGAUGAGGAGCAAGUGUUCCGAGGCCCCAAUGAGAGUAUCGCAGAGCAAGAGCACGAUCUGAAGGCGAAGAUGCCAGAUAUUCCGUUAGGCCAGGCAGCAGCGGUACAGCAGGUGGCUAAGCAAACGGAGCAAACGGAUCACGCGCAUGUGCCGCCACCAGAUCACGAGGAGGCGACACAUCCUGAGGAACGGUACGAGCACCAGGGCGAGGUUACCGAGAUGGAGGCGGCGCAAGACGAGGAUCCAGUCGCACCACUCCUGGAGGAUGAGGAGGAGAUACCAACCAUAGGCGCCACGAGCAGAGCCUCUACUAUGCCGGUAGACGAUCAAGAGUCGCCGAUCCAGUCGCCUUCGAAAGCGCACAAAGCAGCACCGUCGAUCGAUCGGAGCUUCACCACCAACUUCACCGAGCCUCCACCACAACCGGAGCUGCAUGAUAAGCAGGCAAGUGAAGAGGUCUGGCCUGCUGCUAGCGAUGACAAGACUUUUGGCGAGCUCCUUGACCGCGAGCACAAUGCAGAGAAUGGUAGUGUGCGCGAGCACGGCGCAGCAGAGUCAUGGCCAACGCAUAUUGGAACCAAUGAGCUGGACCAACUUGUAGAAUACGAACGAGCCGAACCACCACAAAAGCUUGUAGAGCAGGAUGCAGCGGCCCAAGGUCUUGGCGAGGUAGCAGCGCCGGAUGCUGUACCGGAAUCUGCGCUGGGAGAAAACGAGUCGAACGAGCUUGACCCUUCAAAGUUCUUUGGCGACGAUGAUGAAGGUCUACUGGAGGAUGAGCCGUUCUUGUCAGAGCCUGUGCAAGUACAGCCAUCUGCACCAACUCAGCCGAUUCCGCGAGGUUCAACAAACCAAUACCGGCCCGCAAACACUCAGCAAGCACAGCAAGCAGCACGGCAAAGUCCCUAUUCAGCUCCGGCACCUUUCAUUAACCAGUCUCAUGGGCGAGCAGGUGGCACGCCUGACACCGGGUUGUAUGACGUUUACAACAACCAGCCUACCCAGACUACACAAGCUGCUCCGAGGCCAGCGUUACAAGGUGCGCAAAGUUUUGCGGACAAGUCGAAAGGUGGAUACCAGUCUCCAUACGAUUUGCCAAUGGAGGUCGUGAAACCCAGGAAGAAGCAAGUCCAGCAGCAGCCGUCUGUGUCCGCUCCAGCGCCACCACCAAGGACGAGCAGUUAUAGUCAACCUGCCCCGUCACCAGCAAUGCCUCCUCAGAACGCUGCACGUCCACCUUCAACCAGUAGCUUCAGCCCACCUACGUCAAGCCACGGCCUGAGUGCGACCGCACCUCGUGCUGCUUCCGCAACGGCUAACCCAAAAGAUACGCCCGGCGCCAGUAGUGGUUUCUUUGCUGACUUGCCGACGACCGCAAAGGCAAGGGCAAGAUCCGCUCAAGUUCCGACUCCGCAGCCCACUCCUUCCCCCGCCUUGCCUCAAGCAAUGCAGCCAGGCAUGUCCGCGGUGGUGUCAGGGCGACAAGCACAAGCACUAUCUGGAAUGCCGCAGGCUCAAUCACUGCGGGGAUCAGUCUCUGCGAUACAACAGUCUGUUCAACCGCAGCAACAGCAAGCCACGUAUGGCGGCCUAAGACAACCGGACAGAAUGCCGUUGCUGCCCGAUCAACCCACAGCAGCCCCGACUCAUCCGCCCCCACACACUGCACCAACACGUUAUUCACCAAGCCUCCAACCAGCCCCAGGACCUUCGCGAUACUCUCCUGCCCCAAACCCGUUGUCCGCUCAGCAGUCAGCGCCGUCAAAGUAUCCGCCGACGUCAGCUGCGCAAACGACUCAGCCUCCGACCAAGCGGCACGCCUCUGCUGCUCCUGUGAGUGGUCCGCCUAGCAUCGCUGCACAUCAAUUCGCCCCACGCACUAGCAGCCCGCUUGCCUUCGCUGAGAAACCGCACCCGCCUCUUCCGAGUGAUGCACACCGUGGUACGGCGACAAGCCCAUCCAAGGUCAACGGUAUCACAACUACUGCCGCCGGGUCGCUCUCGCCAGAACGGAAGGUGAACAGGUACUCACCUUCCGACCCGGCAAACAUACAGCAGAACACCCAACCACCUCCGCCAAGGCCAUGGACACAGUCCCCUACAGCCUCCGUGAAGCAAGCCAACCACGCCAUCCCGCGUGCGGAGCGGCCUACAUCCGCCGCCGGUGGCGCCCCAUCAGGGUAUGCUUCUCGGCCUGCUGCACCUGCAGUACAGCCACCGAGGGGACCAGCCUUGCCUCACCGGCGGACUUUCUCACUCGAGCUUACCUUCGCUGCACCGCAGGACGAGAGAGCCCAGGACCCGCUGGAGCGUUGGAAAGGUGGCCCCAUAUUCGUGUGGAGUGCUGCUGGUUCCGUCGUGACAAGCUUUCCGAAGCAGACGCCUUUCUACGCUUCCGGUCAGGGUAUGCCGAACGUGAAGUGCACGCCUGGAGAUGUCAAGAUACAAGACAUUGCCUCGGUUCUGCCGCUAGGGGAGCAAGACGUCAAGUUUCCGGGCCCGCUGCCGGCGCGGUCGAAGGGCAAGAAGAAGGAUGUUCUUGCCUGGCUGAGUGUUAAGGUGGAGAAUUUGGAGCAAAGUGCUGAGGCGGCAAGUCUGGACUACACCCUUUCGCCUGACAUGCAGAAGCGGGCCGAAGAGAGAGUGCUGCUUUGGAAGAUCAUGCGACUGUACGUCGAGCAUGAUGGCGCUUUGGAGGGCAACCCGAAGAUCGACGACGAAGUCCGCAAGAUCCUGUUGCCGCAUCUCGCGCAAAUGAACCAAGUGAUGGAGCUACAGAGUCCGACGUCUGCCACCAGCGCGGUUACGGGCGAGCCCAUCGACCGGCAGGUCCUCGCGCAGCUUCGCCAAGCUUUGCUCGAGGGUCAUCGCGAGCGCGCAGUGUGGCUUGCAGAAGACAAGAAGCUGUGGGGCCACGCUAUGCUGAUCGCAUCAACCAUGGCACCAGAGACCUGGAAACAGAUCAUUCAAUCGUUUGUGCGCAGCCAAGUCAAGAGCGUGGGCCCAGACGGGAGAAGUCUGGCCACUCUGUAUCAGAUCUUUGCAGGCAACAGCGAAGAGUGUGUGGAUGAGCUUGUGCCUCCGAGUGCAAGAGCGGGUUUCCAGAUGGUGAGCAAGACGGAUGGGAUGGCUAGCAGUAAUCCUCUUGAUGGCCUAGACCAAUGGCGCGAGACGCUGGGUCUCGUAACAAGCAAUCGCACAUCGAACGAUGGACCAAGCAUUCUGGCUCUUGGAAAGCUGCUUACUAGCUACGGCAGGAUCGAGGCCGCGCAUACGUGCUUCUUGUUCGCGAGGACUUCCCCCAAGUAUUCUGGCGCGGACGACGCGGAGGCGAACUUCGUCCUACUGGGGGCGAACCAUCAAAGCAAAGAUGAGAGUUUCGGCUCCGAUUUGGACGCCAUCCUUCUAACGGAGGUGUACGAGUGGGCCUCCUCCCUCUCCGCACCCAGCGUAACAGGCGCAUACGUCCCGCAUCUCCAGUCCUUCAAGUUUCUGCAUGCGCAACAACUGGCGGCGUACGGCAUGAAGACGAAAGCGCAAUCGUACUGCGAUCACAUCACCCAGGCCUAUCAGUCCACUACGCGACCUAGCCAGUACUAUCACCCCACCUUCACACAGGCUGUGAGCGAUUUGAGUGCCUUCCUCAGCCAGACGCCGCAGGACGCCAAGAGCGGCUGGUUUGGCAGGCCGGCUAUGAAGACCGUCUCGAGCAAUGCAGGCAACUGGUUUACGAAAUUCGUGUCUGGCGAUGACGAUGCGCGAGGAGCCGCUAAUGCUGCAGCGGGCAUAGCUGGAACCGACGAGAGUGGACCCUUCGGCAGGGUCAGUGGCGAGGUCAGCCGCUCCGCAUCCGGGUCAGACUUGUACGGUUCUGUAAUGAUGGGAGGCAGCAUGCCCCAGGCUGCGGCCACGCCUCCUUCUGCCACGUUUAUGCCAUCCACUGCGCCGAAUGGGCGAUACGCACCAUCAUACGGCGCUGCACAGAAGACUGCCGCAGAACAUGCAUCGGGCCCAAGGUAUACUCCGCAGCUUUCGACAGGGUUGUCGCCCGUCGAUGGCAGUGCCUUCACUAGCCCGACAGAAGUGACACGUAACCUCGGUGUGCCGUCUUUCGAUAAUCAGCGACCGAGUUCCGCGCCACGAGCACCAUCAUUCUCGCGCUACGCUCCCGGUGGCACAGGCGCUGGUUUAGGCGUGCAAAGUACCGGACUCAAUACGCAACACUCUGAGAUCGGCCGACCUUCCUCUGAUUAUGGUGUGCCGUACGGCGCGUCUGACUCAAGAAGAGGCUCCGCGCAGGAUCCGGGCAGUCAAGGGAGCUAUGUGCCAACGUCCAGCUUCGCACCGCAAGAAGAUAGCCCGCGGCUACACCCAAUGCCCCAGCAAUAUCCAAACAGUAUCGCUGGCAGCUCAGACGGGUUCGAUGGACGGCCAAACGGAGCGCACAUGCACGAAGAUGUUGGCGAGCAUAUGGCGGACGUACCAGAUGCCACAUCGACUGGAUACGAGCCGCCAACUGCAGGAUAUGAACCACCUUCAUACCAGCCCUAUCAGCCAGAACCGGAGAUGGAGGAGCCCGCAGAUGAGUCGCCCAAGCCGAAGAAGAAAGGCAUUAUGGACCUUGACGAAGAUGACAGUGAAAUGGAGAAGCGUGCUGCAGCGCAGCAGAAGGCUCAGGCUGACCGCCAAGCAGAUGAAGCAUUCCGCAAAGCAGCCGAAGCGGAUGCCGCCCGUGACAAGAGCAAGGGCCAGGACAAAGCUGGAGGCACUUGGUUUGGCGGCUGGUUCAAGAAGGAUCCAAGUGCAGAGCUAAACAAGCCCAUCAAGGCGAAGUUGGGCGAGGAGAGCUCGUUCCACUAUGAUGAAAAGCUGAAGAAGUGGGUCAACAAGAAGGGUGGGAUGGAGGAGGCAACACCGGCUGCAGCUACUCCGCCUCCGCCACGGGCUCCAGGUAGUCGGGCGGGCAGUGUCGCGGCAGGGCCUCCGCCUAGCGGACCGCCAAGCAGAGUUGGAAGCGGAGUGGGUUCCCUGCCUCCUUCUGCCAGCUUCGGCCCACCGGGCUCAGGACCGCCGUCGCGAGCAGGUACGCCGGCAUCCUUCCGCUCUGCUGGGCCAGACAGUGCAAGUCAUCCGCCGCCGACGAUGGCCGGAAUCAACGCCGAUGCAGCAGGCUCAUCCUCCGCACCGCCUAGUAGGCCACCGACGAGCAUGAGCAAUGCUAGUAGCCUGGAUGAUCUGCUCGCCGCCGGAUCUGGGCGAAGGGGGGCAUCCGGGACAUUAAAAGGCAAGAAGAAAGGACGCUAUGUAGAUGUCAUGGCCCAAUAGGGCGUUUGAGCGCAAUCGUAUACAUUAGCGAGAAGCGUUCGGUCUGGGUCCUUCUGUGUGUAAAACAGGAACGCUAAGAUAAUAGGUGUGCAAAGACGUAGCGCGGCGCACGCAUUCACUCUCUUAAGCGAAUCGUGCCGUUUAAACGGCGCGCCCGCUCUCUGACAGCUAGUGUCCUCGAUUAUAA